AUGUCUGCAACACGAGUUUGGGAUACAUCGCUCCAACAGUUUCAUGGUGGACAGGAUUGGAAGUUUUUGGAUAAUUUCGUUGAAGAUUUUUCGGUCACUACGAAUGCGUUAGGGACUCCUCAAGGAGCACUGAUAGCUGCGAGAGAAGCUGUGGACCAAGAACCCGCCAAGUCGUCAUUGGCCAAAUUCCUUUGGCCUGUAGAUCAUCAAUCUCAGGUUUCAAGACUGCUAUUAGGAAAUGGAGCGAGUGAACUGAUUGACCUGGUGGUAAGAUCUGCGCCGUCUGGCAGUUGGAAGCCAGGACCAUGGGACGCUCAGUACAAAGAAUACCAACGAUCAGCAGAAGUGAACAAUCGCAUCCUUCUCGCUUCAAACGAUAAACAAAAAGCAAACCUCAUCUGCAUUGUUAACCCGUGUAAUCCGACAGGUGAUUACAUGCCAUUACCGGAAAUUAAAAACUGGAUCAUAAACAACACAGAACGCGGCGGAGUAGUAAUAGUUGACGAAUCGAUGCAACCGUGGCUAUCAUCCUCUUGGCGUGACGAUUCAUUGACAUCUCAGCAAAAAUUCGUGUCAGAGUUGUAUGAAAAUUCGAAAAUAUCACUAUAUGUAAUACACUCGUGGACGAAAUUGUGGUCAUGUACUGGACUUCGCCUCGGCAGCGUUGUGUGUCCGACUAUGGCUCACUGUAACCGAUUGAAGAAAAUUCAGGUGCCAUGGAGUGUGAACACGGCUGCCUUGGCAUUCCUCGAUGCCGCAGUCACUGACACUGAUUACAUGAAUAAAACUUGGGAACUGACUCCAAUCUGGCGAAAGGAAAUUUUAUCUCGACUAACCGCCAUUUCUGACGAGAUUGUAAAAGUAAAAGGAGAACAGGCGAGAUGGUCGUUUUAUGGGAGGGAAUUUUUAUCGUGGAUUUGGAUAGAUGUGAAGGAUGCUGAUUUUGCAGAGCAAGCAGUGGAAACGGCUAGAAAUGCUGGAGUACCUGUGAGAAGUGGAAAGCCUGGAUAUAAGAGACCGACUUAUGUGAGAGUCGCGGUGAGGGAACUUAGUAAGGUUGAUGUGUUAAUUGGGGCGUGGAUGUCAUUAGUAAAGAACUAG